UUUAAUGACAAAAUGGCGUCUGAAAAACGUGAAAAUUAAACAUUUAUUUCCCUAUAAUUCUGCUCUUGUCACAACAAAGACCUUGGAAACAUGGGUUAAGUGAAGGAUAUAGUCUUAACGUAUGUAAAAAUCAAAGAUGAGAAGUCCUAUUCGUCGGCUUGGCAGGCUAAUGACCCCGGCGUUCAGCGAAGGAGUGCGGUCAUUAAAGUACUUUGGGGUCUGUGGUAUUUGCGCAUCUUGGUCAUUUGAAACAGGGAGGAAAGUUGGCUUUUGUCCCAGUUUUCCUGGAUUAAAUUUUAGUAUAAAUAAAUCAAGUUUGACAUCUUCUGAUGAUGGAGAGGACAUUUCAAUGGCUAAUUACCCUAAUGAAAUGAUAAGAAAUUUUUGCAUCAUAGCACAUAUUGACCAUGGCAAAAGCACUUUAGCGGAUAGGCUUUUGGAGUUUACAGGAACAAUUUCAAAGAAUGUUAAAAAUAAGCAAGUUUUGGAUAAGCUUCAAGUUGAAAGAGAGCGAGGAAUAACAGUGAAGGCUCAGACUGCAUCACUAUUUUAUGAAUUCAAGAACCAAAAGUAUCUCCUAAAUCUUGUCGAUACACCUGGUCAUGUAGACUUCAGUUAUGAAGUGUCAAGAUCAUUGGCUGCAUGUCAAGGUGUUGUACUCUUAGUUGAUGCUGUACAGGGUGUUCAAGCCCAGACAGUUGCAAAUUUUUUCCAAGCCUUUGACGCAAAUCUGAUGAUAAUUCCUGUUAUCAACAAGAUCGACGUUUCUUCAGCAAAACCUGAUCAAGUUUCGCAGCAAAUGGAAAGUGUUUUUGACGUAAAAAACGAUGAAAUUAUUCAGGUUUCAGCAAAAGAAGGAUGGGGAGUUGAAGAGCUGCUGGAGGCAGUUAUCAAACGAAUUCCUUGUCCAACGAAAAAUUCAAAAUCUCCAUUGAAGUGUUUAGUUUUUGAUUCCUGGUACGACCGCUAUAGGGGCAUAAUUUGCCUCGUUGCCGUUAUACAGGGAAAGAUCAAGAAAGGAGAUAAAAUCAUGACUUGCAAUACAAACCAAAAGUACGACGUUCUCGACCUUGGAAUUCUUCAUCCGGAUGAAACUUCUACAGGAGAAUUGUAUGUCGGACAAAUAGGAUAUAUCGUGACUGGAAUGAAAAACUCAGACGAUGCUCAAAUUGGUGAAACCUUUUGUCAUGUUGAUCAUCCUGCAUCACCUUUGAAAGGAUUCAAAGCAGCGAAGCCCAUGGUUUUCGCUGGAUUUUAUCCCGUAAACCAAUCUGACUUUCUCAAUUUACGUAAUGCUGUCGAGAAGCUGACAUUGAAUGAUGCAAGCGUUAGUGUCCAUCGUGACAGUAGUGCUGCGCUGGGCCAGGGAAUGAGGCUUGGAUUUCUUGGAAUUUUGCACAUGGAAGUGUUUCGGGAGAGAUUGGAACAGGAGUACCAAGCAUCAGUUGUGGUAACGAGCCCAAGUGUUCCUUUCAAAGCUACCUUACGGAAUCAGAAUAAACGCGAAAUUUUAAUAAUGAAUGCAUCAGAGUUUCCAGAGUCGUCAAAAGUAGAAGAAUAUCUGGAACCGUUUGUUCUUGGAACUAUUAUCAUGCCUCAGGAUUAUCUUGGAAAAGUUAUGACACUUUGUCAGAAAACCCGUGGGGAACAACAUGAAAUCGUUUAUAUUGAUGAUACUAGACUGAUGAUGAAGUAUUUCUUUCCUUUGAGUGAAAUAAUUUUGGACUUUUAUGACCAAUUGAAGAGCGUUACAUCUGGAUAUGCUAGUUUUGAUUACGAAGACGCAGGUUACCGACAGGCAAAUUUAGUCAAGUUAGAUUUUUAUUUAAAUGGUAAUCUGGUGGAUGCACUGAGUACUGUAGUGAAUGCAGACAAGUCACAAGAGAUGGGGAAGUCCUUGUGUUUGAAGUUGCAAAAGUUGAUGUCAAGACAAUUAUUUGAGGUGGCCAUUCAAGCAAAAGUUGGUGGGAAAAUUAUAGCUAGACAAAGUUUAAAAGCUCUGCGAAAAGACGUGACGGCCAAACUGUACGGUGGAGAUAUGACGAGACGAAGAAAACUAUUGGAUCAACAGAAGGAAGGGAAAAAGAAAAUGCGACGGAUCGGGAAUAUCGAUGUACCUCAUGAAGUAUUCCUCUCUUUGUUGAAGAAAUAAUUGGAAAUUUCAUGGGAUGAGUGAAAUGGAGGCAGAUGAAACGAUAUACGAAGCGAUAAUAGAUCCUGUAGUGAAACCUUAAUUUCAUCUAAAAAAUUAUUUGUCAACAGCCAUAUAAUUUCCUAUUUCUGCACAAUAGAAAUAAAUAAAGUAUUUUAAAAAUAAUAACAAUUAAUAGGUGGCUGUCAUUGUAUGAUUGUUGGGCUGCUGUUUGUUUGUUAUUGCGUUUAGCAGAAAUCGCUCAGUUGAAAUCGAUAUUACAAAGUAUUGCAAUAAGAAAGAAGCCACGAACGUCCGUCCCAGAGCAAAGUUCACUGCCGAAAAUAUAUCUGUAUAUUUUUGUAGCCAAACCCUAACCCCAGCCAAAAAAAUUGAUAUUGUUAUAUCGUUAAAUUAAUAUUGUUGUAUUGUUAAAUUAAUUUUAUCUUAUAAAAGGUGUGUUCGCUCCCUUUGUGGUCAUUAGUUGCUUGGCACGCAAGGUGUAACAAGCCUAACAAAAAGUUUAAAUAGCCACCGUCCCACCCUGU